AUGGAGUCUGAUUCAGAAAGAUUGCCAAUAAAUGUGCCUAAAGGGGAAAGCAAUAUUCCUCUCGUAUCUAUUUUUGAAACUUAUGUUCGACCAUGUAUAGCUGAAUUUGUGGGUGUGAGUUUCUUUGUAUUUAUUGGGACAAUGGUCGUACAAGACAGCUCUGGUUUACCAGAUAAAGACUUCCGUGCCAAUGCAGUAGCUAUAGCUUUAUGCCAUGGAAUGACAAUAGCUGUAUUAGUUAUAGCUUUGGGAUCUAUCAGUGGUGCCCAUGUUAAUCCGGCAGUGACCCUGGCCAUAGCUAUUUGUGGUGAAAUCAAGCCAUUAUUGGCUGUUUGUUAUUUCUUCAGUCAGAUUGUGGGUGGUAUGGUAGGAGCUGCUUUUACUAGGGCUGUGUUACCAGAUUCUAUGUACACACAGUUUGGAGGUGGAGCUCAUGAUUUAGCUACUACUGAACAUGUUGGUGAGGCCAUAUUGUGCGAAAUGCUUUUGACUACCGUUUUGGUCUUAGUAAUUUUAUUGGUAGCUGUUGAUCCUCGUACUAAAACAGAGUUAGCUCCCCUUGCUAUUGGUAUGGCGGUUACUGUUGAUAUAUUUGCUGGGAUAUUUGUUACCGGUGCUUCCAUGAAUCCUGCGAGAAGUUUUGGACCGGCUAUUGCCAUGACAGUUUUCAAGAAUGCCAUUUGGAAGCAUCACUAUGUAUAUUGGAUUGGGCCUGCACUGGGUUCCAUAUUAGCAGCUCUGAUUUACAAGUUGGGUUUAGGAAGUGCUAGUAAGCGUCUGAUAUUAAAAGAAGAAUGA